GAAAACAGGGCAGUAUAAAGUUGGCGAGCCGCCACCCUGAAACCCUAGUGCUGCUGAUCGAGGGUUUCCAAGAUGUCGAAGCGAGGGCGUGGUGGUUCUGCGGGAAACAAGUUCCGGAUGUCACUUGGUUUACCGGUGGCAGCAACUGUGAACUGUGCUGACAACACCGGAGCAAAGAACCUGUACAUCAUCUCAGUGAAGGGGAUCAAGGGUCGUCUGAACCGUCUGCCCUCUGCAUGUGUCGGUGACAUGGUGAUGGCCACUGUGAAGAAGGGGAAGCCUGAUCUCAGGAAGAAGGUCAUGCCUGCUGUCAUUGUGAGGCAGCGCAAGCCUUUUCGCCGAAAGGAUGGUGUUUAUAUGUAUUUUGAAGAUAAUGCUGGAGUCAUUGUGAAUCCAAAGGGAGAAAUGAAAGGUUCUGCCAUCACUGGGCCUAUCGGGAAGGAAUGUGCUGAUCUAUGGCCAAGGAUUGCUAGUGCAGCUAAUGCCAUUGUGUGAAAGCUGGACAUUUAUCGGACGGAAGUUUAGGGAAUUUGAAUAGAUUUUGGAGAGUUUUGUCUUUUCAGAUUUCUGUAAACUGUCUUCAGACUCUGUUGUUGUUUGUGUCUGCUGCUUGUUCCUAGGAGUCUUCUAGUUUGCAAUCUGUUCUCAGAAAACUAGCUUUUACUAUAUAGUUUCAUCUGAUGCUCGAGACAUUGCUCUUUUUUAAAUCUUAUUAUCUAUGUCAUUGG